UAACACUGUUAUCUAUUCUUGCUUGUCUCCGACAGGCUACCCCCUCAAAUAAGUUAAUGCUUUAUUUUUACUAAUAUUAGUUUUUUGCAAAAGCAAAACAAGCCUCAUCGAAUGACUGUUAAUUACAUAUCACCGAAAAAAUAAAACCAACUGUAUUGUCAAAAUAAAAUAAUAAAAAAAAACCGUUUGAAAUGAAGGCAUCUGGGAAUGUGUGUUUUCGGAAGGCUGUUGGUCUCAGGUACUGUCCUGUACUAUGGUAAACAAACCCACCAGAAUUGACAAGGUGGGGGCAUGAAUUGGAAAAAACGAGAAAUCUGAGAUGGGGGACCUCUUUAAACCUUGGGUGGCUUGUACCGUGUUUCUUGGGGUGGGGUUGCUUUGUAAUUUGGGGUCAGACGGAAGCAGUUGGGUGUGCAGCGUGGUCAGGACUGGCGAGAUGACGUCAGGAUCCUGCUGCUGCUCAGACUGCCUCUUGUCCCAGAAGGAUCGCGGAUGCCCGCCCUGUGGGUCAGGUACAUAUCCUGAAUUAGCGCAGGACAAUUAUGCACAGUUAAAAGAAGGGCAAAGAGCGUGUGUGAUAUUGGGUAUUGUCUCAUUUAUAAGCCUUUUUACCUUUAAAGACGCUAGAUUCUAAAUCUGGCUUGCAUUGAUUUGACAGCAGUAUGAAUGGGAUUCAGUUUUGGUUUAUUUUUCUGUAGUAUCUGUCAUUCUUCAAAACCCUUAAAUUUGACAGAGAAGUAGUGUGAUAGAUUCACCCAGCAACUGAUGUCAUGCAGCAUUAAAUAGGUUCUGGACCUGCUGAGCCAUGCCUGGGCGCAGCACGCGGGGUCCCCCCAACCCCCGCCCCCAUCCACGCUACGUGAGCCGCCCCGAAACCGCGGGCUACCGCCAGGCACCCUUGUAUUACAAGGAUGGCAAAGUCGCCCGGGAAUCGCAGCGUGAGCCCCGCGUGGAGCUCCCCAGGCCGUCUAAUCCCCGGUACCCGCAUAAGGCCCGCCCCCCCAUCGUCAACGGCUGCGGGGCGGAGACUCUGGGCUUCGUGCCGGGCUCUGCGGACUCGGCCGUGCCGCCCCCUCCGUGCGGGCCCUGCGGCUCCCUGAGCGGCUGGAGCGGCUGCCUGGCGUUUGUGUGCUGCAUGCUGACCUGCGGCCUGUACGGCGCCCCCAAGCCCUGCCGCACCACGGACGAGUCCUCCACUGACCCCGAGCCGGGAGUCGGUACCGCCACCACCUCCUCUGGCAAGAGGGACCCAGAGAUGUACGCAAGCAACUUCACCUCCAACGGCUUGUCCCUCAGCAACCCCACCUGCGGGGUCUCCCUGGAACCCCCCAGCAAGUCCGUCAAGCUGCCCGCCUUCGACAGCUUCUCGUACCGCGACGUGCGCAUCGGCGGCCAGAAGGUGCGCUACCCGGAUGGCCCAAGUGCCUCGCGCCGGGCCCGACCCCCCGGCGCCACCCCAAAGGGUGAAACACCGCGGCCCAUCAGUAACACCAGCAUCUACUCCCGAGAGGACCUGUACCUGGACGACCCGAGCGACAGUGGCACGGACAUCGACACGCUGAUUCAGCGGAAGCUUCUGGAACUGUAUAAGAUGCACCAGAUCGAGCAGCUGGCCCAGUGCACCUCAGACUCCUCGUUCUCCCGGCGGACCAACGAAAUCAGUGACCUCAUCAACAGCAUCGCCCAGGACUAUAAUCUACAGGAGCAGGAGGCUGAGUGCCGGCUGGUGCAGGGCGUCAUUCGCAUCAGCACCCGCAAGAACAAGGUCCUCAGGGACAGAGACCCCGCCCCCCAGGAGGCGUGGUCACGGGUCAAUGGGAGGCGGGACAAAACCAUCUCUGAUAGUGGCCAUGAUACCAUGACGGACACCUUCAAUAGCAACGAUACGGAGCCGGAGGUCAAAGUCUCGGAACAGACGCAGUCGGAUGAACUGGCCAGAAAGCUGAGGCACAGUGGGCGAGCUGCCUCAUCCACCUCCCCACUGGCAUCUCCUCACCAUCAGGAGAUGGACACUGACUCAUCAGGAGCCCCCCUGCUGCGCUUCCACCGGACGUGAGGCUGCCCCCCCCCCUUCGGAAGGCCCACCUCUGGUUUGAGGCCCCUUCUGGGGGCCCUGGUUGUCCCUUACGUCUGUGACUUGCGGCCCGCCAUGUGGUGCUGCCCGCUUUGAGGAAAGGACCCGCCCACCCUUGUCUUCUCCCCCCGCCUUCUCUCAUUGAACCUAACAAAACAGACUCCCCAGGACAAAUCCCCCCCCUCCCCUCCCCUCCCCAUUAGAUGAUCGCAUCUUCCUGGGAGUGCCUAGGCAUGGCACAUUGUGCAAAGCAUGAUGGGAAGUCAAGGGUUUUUAAUGAGGACAGUGGAGCAGUCUGUGUUGUGGGCAGGUGGCACCUGUUCUGUUAGGUGUUUCCAGGGGGGGGGCAUAUGUGCUGGGCCACGUCAUUGCAGACUCUGUGAUGCCUGCUGUCCUGCCAUAAUGAAUGGGC